AUGUACACGCGAGUUAUAUAUUUGGAUUGACAUGGCCUAGCCUCGGCAAUACCUACAGUCUUUCCUGGUUUAGGCUCAAUUGAGCCCUGGUGCAAUCUCAUGCAUGAAUGGCCGCGACUCAAAUACGUAAUCACGCCCAACCGGGCGCCUGAUAGGGCGCCGAGUUGAAAUGGUGUGCGGUUGCCUGUGCUUUGGCAAGAAGCGCGUGGAUGGUUCCCAAAAUGAUGAAAGAUCAGCAAAGAGCAAACAGCCAGGGGGAGCCCCACCCUUGUAUAACGCAUUACCGAUUGCAGCACCGUCGGACGCAGCCCCUGGUGUCUCACAAGCCAAGGAAGCAGACGACGGCAUUCGUUCCCAGCGAGAGGAGUAUCGGGAGGAGCUUGAGCGCCGGCUCUCGCAGAAGUCGCUGGCGAAGCAUCUCUUGGAGCGGCAGCCAUCAUCGAGGAAUCAACUCUCUCGACAGCACAACCUGCAUUCAAAAUCAUUCGGGGGCGCAUCAAAUGUGCCAAGCGCUCAGCGAUGGCAACCUGACAGCUCGGCGCACGCGGGCACAGCAUCCGGCCUGGCACCGCCUGCUCAUACGUCGCAGCCGGCUGCCGCACCGCUGCUGCUGCUGCAGGAGGUGAAGCCGCUACGGGACCCGGUUGCGGCGCCGUCCCUGACGCGCGUGGGCGCCAGCAGCCACUCCGGCGCCGUGUUUGGCUCUGCUGGUGGUGGCGGUGGCGCUGGCGCGACAGGCAUCAGCGGCAGUAUGGCCAGCAGCUGCAGCAUGAGCUUCGCACGCUCCGUGUCGCGCCUGAACGCCUUCGCCACCUCGGGCAUCAAGUCGCGCCGGGCUUCCAUGGCCGUGAUGGACAUGGACGGGUCGGCGCGCGGCACCUCCGCAGCCGCAGCCGCGCUUGCAGCCAACCUGCAGGCCAUGCUGGGGCUCCACGGUGUUAACCUGGGGCCCACUGCGCAGUUUGCGCGAGGCAGUGCCAGCUCCAUAACCACGACCAGCCAGCUCGGCAUGGUGACGCCGGGCACGGGAGUGGGCGGGGGCUGGGGUGAGCCGUGGCUGCUGCACACGCUGUUGCGGCCGGGCGCGGGACAUGGCACGGGACCGGGCGCGUACACGAUACCGGGUACCAUCAGUCACAUGAACACCUCGGCUGGCGGCGGCGGCUCCUCGCUAGUGGUUGGCUCCAUGGCCACGGGCGCGCUGGGCAAGAUGCCGUCGCACACGCGCCUCAUGCUGUCAGGCAUGCCCGACCGGGCCAGUGCGGGGGCCGGCAGCACACCCUUGGGGCCAGGGCCUCCCAGCCUCGGAACCCUGCCGGCGGCUGGCGCCGCUGCCGGAGGCGGCGGGGGCGCACCGAGUUCGGGGGCGCCGUCGGUGGCGGCGGCAGUGGCGGGAGGUUCCGGCAACCUGGGCCGGCCUUAUGGCAGGCCGUCAAUGAGCUUGGACCGGGACCCCUCCCGCUCCUCACUAAGUCAAUACCUGGGGCCGGGGCACGCAGCAAUCCCUAGCGGCAACACGGCGGGAGGGCAUGGCCUCGGCGGCGGCGCGGCGGCGCAGCCGCUUGCGCUGCUCACGCGCGCCGUGUGCGACCGCGCCGCGGCGCUGCCGACGCCGCUGAUGGUGCUGGUGCUGCGGCCAGCCGCGGCGGGUCCUGGCGGCACGUCCGGAGGCGUCAGCGCGUCGGAGGGAGCAGCCGCAAUGGUGGAUGCAGAUGUGGACGCGGAUACCGCGGCAGGCAGAGGUACCUCCAAGGACGCGGCAGGCCACGCGGGGGUGCCGGUCGUAUCGAUGACGAACGACGGCUUUGCCGGCCUGACCAUAAGCGGCUCGGAGCUGCGUACACAGUCGCUCUCCUCCCUCAGCCGCGUGGUGGCCUCCAUGUACUUGGACUCCCUCAGGCCGCAGGCAAAGCCGGGCCGGCGGCGGCCAGGCGCGGCAGCGGCAGCGGCGGGCUCAAGCGCUGCAAACAGCGGGGCGGCACAGCAGCGCGCCGGGGCGCCGCAAAGCCUUGACGGGACACCGGAGGCGGAGGCGCGUGCCGCGCUGGCGGCGGCUGUGGCGGCGCUGGCCGGCGGAGAUGUGGACCUGGAGCUGGUCUGGCAAAACGUCGCCGCCGGCGCGCUGGCGGGCGCCGCCGCCGCCGUCAGUGGCCACGACGUCCGCGUCGUCAGCGCCACUACCACCACAACCGCUGCCGCCGGCGGGAUGUCCGUCAGCGAGGUUGGCGUCGGGCAGCUGUCCAUGUCCCUGUUCGCGGCGGCGAAUGCCCCCGCCGCGUCUGUGGUGCCGGCGCCGCCUGCCAGCCCGCCAGGCGUCGGCCCCACAUGGGCUGCGCUCGUGUCGGGUGCGGGCGGCAGUGCGGCGCGGGCGGCCCCGAUCUCGGCAGGCCCCGCCACGGCCGGCGCUAUCUCGAGCCGCCUCUUGGGUGGCCAAGCAACGCCGUCAUCGGCACCAACCACCGCGAGGAGCCCCUCCUCCGCCUCUGCACCCAACCUUCCAGCGGCGGACGCACCCGGUGCCGCUGCAGCUAGCCAGCCUUCAAACUCCUCACCCUCCAACGCCAUCACCUCCUCACCGUUCAGCGCCACCGCCGCGCCCGAAGCCGCAGUGGGCGCGGGCGCCACCUCUCAUGCUACAGCCGCAGCCACGGCUUCUGCUGCUGCUGCCACUGGUGAUGCUGCUACAGCCGCGAGCGUGUGGGCGCUCCGGGAGCUGCUGGAAGCGGACCCUUGCCUGCUACUGCUGGCACGUGACCUGGUGCGGCAGGCGGCGCUGCGGCCAGAGCACGUGCCGCCCGCCACGCAUGCCGUAUCACCAGGCGGCUACUGCCAGCUGCUUGGCGGCCGCGAGCCGCUGCCGGCCGCCGUGGCGGCGCUGAUGGCGGCACUGGCGGCGGCAUCAGCCGGCGGCGGUGGCGGGCCCACGCCGGCGGUCUCCGCGAGCAAUGCGGCGCUUGGCGCCGCGGCGGGGCGCAGUGCGGCGUCGGCGGCGGUGGGCGGCGCGGCGGCGCUGCUGGCGGCGGUGCAGAGCGGCGCGGUGCGGGUGCACGCCGUGGCGUUUCAGGCAACGGCGGCGGCGGCAGCGCCCUCGGCCGCCACCACUGCGGCCCAGGCCGCCUCGCCCGAUGCCGCCAGUGCAGCAGCAGCAGCGGCGGUGGCAGCGGCAGCCUCGGCCUGGCUGCCUGCGAUCGUGUUGGAGUGGCCGCAGCCCACGGCGGCGGCGCUAGCCGCUGCAGGCGUGCCGCUCGGCCUGUACGGGCCUGCUGGCAUGUCCGGAGCCAACAUCGGCGCCGUCGUCGCCGCCGCCGCCAGCGCUGCGGCGUCGGGCGUGCUGCCGUCGCUGCCCUCAGGCACAGCGGUGACGGGGUCGCUGCCGCCGCUGCCGCGGCCGCCGCCGCGGCCGCACUCCUUCUUCGCCGGCCGCACCUCUUACACAGAUCACAGCCACAACCCAAUGCUGUCGGCGGACACCUCGCCGCCGCCGGCAGUGGCAAUGGUGCAGCCCGCGGUGUCGCACCCGAGUGACGCCGCGGCCGGCCUUGGCAGCUUCCUGCUGUCGAUGCCGUUAGGGCUGGCGUCAGCCAACACCUCUUAUCAGGGGCCCGCCGGCGUUGGCGGCGCUGCCAACGGUGCCGCCGCCGCCCACAUCACCACCGGCAGCACCAACCAGGCCACGCACCCGUUCAUGAUUAGCAGCGGCACAGUGCCCAACGCUCAGCCGCCCGGCAGCGUCGGCGGCUCGGAGCCGCGGCACAGCACCGCCGCGCUGCCGUCGCUGUCGCUGGGUAUGGGCGUGGUCAUGGAUGGCAGCGGCUUCGCCGGGCUUGGGCAACAGGAACCCAGCUUUGGCAACAUUAUCGCCGGCGGCGGCAGCAGCCAACGUGUCGACGCGACCGCCGCUGCCGCGGCGGCGAUGACCGCGGCGGCGGCGGCGGCGCCCGGUAGUGCCUGGCCGAUGCCUAACAGUCAGGCGGCGCCAGUAGUGCCGUCGUCCGGUGGAGCUGGGAUGGGUGUCGGCGCUGGCACUGGCAUUGGCACGGACGCGGGCGCGGGUGCGGGCACGGGCGAGAUGGCGGGCGUGGUGGGAUUGCUGGAGGCGGCGGCGAGCGACGCGGGCAGCUUGGCGCCGCUGGCGGGCGAGGAGCUGUUGUACGUGGUGCAGACGUGGCAGCGGCACCACCUGCUGCUGGCCUCCGUGCCGUACGCCAUCACGCUUUUCGACUGCGGGGGUCGUGUGCUUCAGCAAAACCAGGGCUCAGUGGACUUCAUGGGUGAGCUCACCUUUGCGGAAGAGGCACAACAGCAGCAGCAACAGAACUCGGACGCACAGCAACAGCAACAGCAGCCGCAACAGGCGAAGCCGGGCCCCCCUCUCGGGCUGCUCAGCGCGCGCAACAGCUUGCCCAGUGACCCGCGCGAGUCGGUCGCCUACAUGGCCAAAGCCCAGGCGGAGGCAGCGGGCAAGGUCGCCGGCGGCUCCGCCUCCUCAGCUGCCGCCGGGGCGGCCGCGAGUAGCGCCAGCCCGCACCGCAGGAGCCCGACCGGUGGCGGCUCUGGCGGCUUUUCGACGGGCUUUGGCGGAGGCGCGGGACAGGCGGCGACGCUGCUUGAUGUCAGCGAGCUAGAUGUCCUCAGCGUGUUGUUCUGCCUCUGCCCGGAGCAGCUGGAUGAAAUGCUGGAGGAAGUCAUUUGCGGUAACAUGUACCGCUCGCUGAUACCGGUUCCCCGCGUGAUGCGCCCUUGCAUCCGCGCCGCUCAGAGGUGGGGCGCGCGCGUGCUGGCAGAGCAGCAAGCCAACGCCGCUGCUGCACCCGCCAGCGUCGACCCAGCCGCCGCCGGCGCCGCCACCACCGCUUCAGCUGUCCGCGCCACGGCCGCCGCCCUCCUGGGCGAAGGCAGUGGUGCCACUGCUAGCGGUGGCGGCGGCGGUGUUGACAGCCCAGUGGACGCAACCACCGGCCUCGCCCCAGCGCAGCUUUCCGCACUGACUCACUCGGGCACUUUCGUGGCUUCACAUGGUGGCACCGCCGCCGCCGCCGCGGCGGCGGUGGCAGCCGUUGCCGCUGGUGGGCGGCUGAGCGGGUCACAGGCUAGGAUCGCAGCGGGCCCCUCAGGGCGGUCUCUGCUGUCGUCAGCGGAUGUCGAGAUGCCGAGCGGGCGUGGCCAAGCCGACGGGCGCGGCAACAGCGUCGGCGGAGCCGCUGCCGCCAACGACCUCACCACCACCCAGCCACGCAGCUCAAGCAGAGACUACUCCACUACCGCCCACAGCAGUGCGGCGGUGGCGGCGGAAGCGCUGGGUGUGAGUGACCGUGUCGCCGCCGCGACCGCCCUCACGCGGCCGCCGAUGCGGCACGGCACAGGCUCCUUCACGAGCUAUAGCUCCGGCUCUGCCCCACGCAAGGGCGCCUACCAUCCUAGCCCUCGUCGCGGCGGUGCCGCCGCCGCCGCCAGCGCCGCCACCAGUGCCGCCGCCAGCCCCUUACCCUUCCACCGGCUGAUCUCUGGCGCCGCCGCCGCCAUCACCGCCACCAGCGGUACGGCCGGCACCGACCCUGGAGAGGUGCAAGCCACGCUGCCCAGCUUCGGCUUUGGGCACAAGCCCAGUCAUCAGCGGCGGGCGCAGCUGCUGGGUGCCGUCGGCACGAGCGCGUCGUUUACCGCUGCGUCGUCCCCGGCCUUCUCCGCCCGUGUGACCGCUGAUGACAAUCAGGACGACGGCGUCGGCCCGUAUGCGGUGGAGGCGGCGGACUGCUUUACAGGGGAACCCGACCUCGCGCCCAGCCACGACAGCGGCAACGGCAGCUUUUCCCGGUCGCCCAGCACUGGUGUUGCGGCUGCUGGCGGCGCGCCCCGGCGGCGGCCGCCGCAGCGCAGCUACAGUUUGCGCGGGCUGCUUUCGCGCAGCUUCACGCAGGGCGCUUCGCAGCCGCACGCCCCUCUUCACCCGCAGCUGCAGCCGCAGCCUCGCCCGCACCACCACCCGCCCUUGCCUGGAUCGCCGCUGCUGCGCGGCGCCGCUGCCGACGGACAGCACCGCGUCAUCGGCAGCGGCAGUGGCAGUGGCAGCCAGGCCUCGACCCCUACUGCAGCAGCCGCGGCUGCGGCAUCCAGCCAAGCGCCCCCUGCGCACGCCUCCCGCCUCGGGCUUCUGAACAGUGUAACCUCGGCCGUCUCCGCCCCCGACCCCCGACUGCCAGCCACCAUGCCCACAACCGCCAGCGCCAGCGCCGUGUCCGGCGACGACGGCCAGAAACUCACGCCGCCUUCGCUAGAGCCCGAGCCCGUCGCUGAGGCCCCGUCGCCCGUGCCGACCGCACGCGCCGGCGUCGUGGCGCCGGCACCCGACCCCGAGGCCGCAGCAAGCGGCGGCUCUGCGGCACGCCGCCGCGAUGGGAGCCUGCUGCAGACUCUCCAGCGUGCCGACACGAGCGGUGGCGCGCCUGCAAUGGCAGUCGGGAGCAGCGGCGGCAGCUUCAGCAGCGGUGCCGGCGCGCACGCGGGCAAGCCACGCGCGUCAGUUCUGGCGUUUGCGGAGCGGCUACGGAGCAUGGGCAGCAGCCGCACACCAGCCGUGAUUGACGGGCCCUUGACCAACGGGGCCGACGCCGACGCCACAGCACGGCCGGCGGCGCCAGUCGUUGACGGCUUGAUGCCUGACGCGAACGGCAGCGCGGCGGCGCAGGUGGACGUUCAGUCGCAAGCUGACAGUGCACCGAAUGUGGAGGAGCAACACGCUGCGGCCCUGGAAGCGCCGGCGUCCUCGACGGCGGCGGCGGUGGCACCGAAGCAGCACCCGCGCACCGGCGCGCUGAUUGACGCGGCGGUGUCGGCACUGCCGGGACGCGUCCUGUCUGCGGUGGUGGAGGGGGGCGAGGGCGAGCACUCGAUGCGCCUGGGGACACUGGGCUCAGGGCCGGAGGUGCAGCGGCGCCUGCAGCUACAGGCCAUGGCGGACCCUGCGGACCCUGCACCGCUCGGUCCCGGCGACGGGCCCGCGAUCAGUGAGGAUAUGGCCCAUGUCACCGGCGGCGGCGCCGCCGCCGCCACCGCGGCGGCGGCAGCACGCGCUGGCGUCGUCCUUGGGUCCGGGUUUGGAUCCGAGGGCACGGGCGGCGGUGGCGGCGGAGACCUCAACCUGAUCCCCGCCGCCGGUGACAGCGGUGCUGCCGGCGGCCCUACAUCCCCCAGCUCUACCAGCUACAGCCACGGUCAGAGCCACAGCCAGAGCUACAGCCUGCAUGGCGCCGGGCGCAGCGGGCACCUCAGCGCGAGCGGCUCCGGCGCACCUGGUCCCGGCGGCGCGGCCGCCGACGACGCCGGGUCCGCCGUCACCGCUACCGGCCUCGGCACCUACGCCAGCACCUCUAGCAUGUCGCCUGGCGCCGCCGGCACAGGCGCCAACGGCGGCGCCGCCGCCUCCACCUCAACUGCAGCAGGCGGUGCCGCCAGCGGCGGCGGCGCAGUGCACUCGCGCGGCAGCGUGCGCCGCCAGGGGCACGCCCUAAAGCGCCCGCUCAGCCGCAACAGCACGCGCUCCUACCUAGCCCAGGCCCUCCCCACCUCCACGCUCACCCUCAUUGGCCGGGUGCACUCGCAGCGUGACCUGGAGGCCCUGGACAGCGCCGCCGACGGCGCCGCGGCGAGCGCGGCCGCAGCCGCCUUCGGCGGCGGGGCAGCCGCCGUCCUCAGCCCCGGAAAUGGCGGCGGCAGCCGCGCACGUGGCCUGGGCGGGCGGCGCGGCGGUGGCCUUGGGGAGGUGGGGCGGAGCAUGAGCUUUAACGUGGCGCCCAGUGAGCCGCGGCUGACGGUGCCGCGUAUCUUUAGCUUCAUGCGCUCCGCCUCGAAGCGCGUUCUGGAGAUUCAGCAGAAGGCCGCAAGUGGCAAUGGCCUGAAGCAGGCCGGCGGCGGGGCCGGAGGCAGCGGCGCGUUUGGCGGCGGCGGCAGCUUCGCAGGCGGUGGCGGCAGCAACGAGGGCGCCCUGGCGACUAUGUCCGACUGCAUGGCGUUCGCCGCAACUGCUGCUGGCGGUCAGGUGCCAUCGCCGACCCAGCCGCAGCCGCAGUCACCGCGAGUAGGCCCCAGCAUCAACGCCAUCGUCUCAGCGCCUGACACCGGGGCGGGGGCAUUGGCGUUCGGUCGAGAGAGUGACGCUCCGACUGGGGAGCACGCCUUCGGCCAGCUGGGCACCUUUGCGCAGAUGGCUGGCGGCGCCGCCGCCGUGACCGCCACCAGGGAAAGCGCAUCCACGGCCGCUAACACCGUCAGCGGCAGCCACUCGCACUCGCACCCAGCGGACGGGGCCGCUCUGGCAGCGCCUCGGGGCUCGCACGAGCCAGGCGCGCUGCCUGAGCCUGCACACUUCGGCGGCGCAGCCGCCGGCGCGGCGGCGGCAGCGCAGCUGCCAUCGCCGCCGCCUUCCCUGCCCGUACUACAGCCGCCAGCAAUGCUACGGCUGCGGGCAGAGGAGCGCGUGUUGCGUGACGCCGCGAGUGGUGGAGCCGGCGCGGCGGCGGCUGUGCAGUCGCCUCGCGACAUGUCGCCGGCGGAGAUGGCGCGGCGGGUUGGGUCGGCCUGGCACGAGGUGGCGGCGACCAGUUUCACGGACCCAGUGACGGGGGCGCGGGUGGUGGCCAUCGUGCAGAACGAUGUGAGCGAGAAGGUGGAGACGGAGAUGCAGCUGACGGAGCUGAUGGAGGUGGAGCACCGACUGCUGGAGCAGAUCUUCCCUCGGCACGUGCUCGAGUACAUCGCCGUACAGAACAUGACCAUGUACGCAAGCGGCGCCGGCGGCGGUGCUGCAGCUGGCGGCGGCGGCCCUGGCGGCGGCGCCGGCAACACCGGCGGCGGGCGCUCUCGCCGUGCUAGCCAGUUCGAGUUGCUUCAGAGCCAGGACUGCAGCCAGUUGGCGCACCACCACGAGGCAGUGACGGUUCUGUUCUGCGACGUCAAGGGUUUCACGGCCAUGUGUUCGGUGGUGGAGCCGGCAGUGGUCAUGGCCUUCCUGAACUCGCUGUACACACAGUUCGACUCGCUGCUGGGGGUGCACGACGUCUACAAGGUCGAGACCAUCGGCGACUGCUACAUGGUGGCGGGCGGGCUGAUGCGGCGUGGGCCGGACGGCGUGGGGGCGCUGCUGGAGCACGGGGAGCAGGACCCGGACCAUGCCCGCAAGGUGGUGCGUUUCGCAAAGGCCUUGCUGGAGGUGGUGGGGCACAUGCGUAUGCCCACAGGCCAGCCGCUACAGGUGCGAGUGGGCAUCCACACCGGGCCCGUCACCAGCGGCGUGGUGGGCACCCGCAUGCCGCGCUUCUGCCUGUUUGGCGACACCAUCAACACCGCCAGCCGCUGCGAGUCGACCUGCCCGCCCUGCGCCAUCCACGUCACCACCGCCGUGCGAGACCUGGUGCCGGAGGAGCCGUGGGUGCCCACCGGCGGGGUGGCCGCGAAGGGCAAAGGCGUCAUGCGGACCUGGCUUCUCGGCAACACCGCCGCACCGCCGGGCGCACCCGACGCCGCCUCUCCUGAAACUAUCGCCUCGCCCACUGCCACCGCCGCGGCCGCCGCAGCGGCAGCCGCAGCAGCAGCUGCUGCCACGGCCGCAGCCGCCGCAGCCGCUGCGUCAGCAGCAGCCGCAGCCGCAUCACCGGAAUCAACCGGCUUUGGCUCAGCCAGCAGCGGCAAUGCGUCGCCGGUGUCGGCGGCAGCGGCCGCGGCAGCGGCCGCACGGCGCCGCGCCGUCGGCGUGAAUCGACGCGCCAGCGUCCGGACGCUCCCGUACGCAGGCUCGGCGCUGUUGCCGUCAGGCGCGGCGGCGCCCGCACACUCGUCUGCAUCGGGCAUGCUGGCGUCGCCGCCGGCGGACAGUGCAGCCUUCGCGGCCGCCCUGGCAGCGCAGGGCGGCGCCACGGGCCUCGGCAUGGCGGAGCUACCGCCACAGUCGGAGGCGCGCUCGUUGCCUGGCGGCGGCUCCGUCCCCGGCGCCUCGAUGGCGUCGGGCGGAGCUGCAUUCAGGCAGCAGUCUGGGGAGCCGGAAGCCGCCAGUGGCCCGACAACCAUGCUUCGGCAGCUGCAGCCGCCACAGCUCUCCGCCGCCUCCACCUCCAGUGACGCGGCCACUGCAGCCGCGCAAGCCGGCUUCAGCUUCGCUAGCGGCUCCAGCAGCACCGCCGGCGGCGCCGCCGCCGCAACCGCACCCGGCGACAGCGCCUCCCCUUUCCUGGCGCCGCCCUCGGCCGUGGGCAUGUCCUCAACAGGCCAGGCCUCAUUCACCCGCGGCGGUGGCGGUGCAGUUGGCGGUUUCAUGACGGCGGCCGGCGGCGAGCUGCCUGUGCUGUCCAGCGCCGCGCACAGCAACCUGCUGCUCACGGGCGAGGCGCGGGGCACGGCCGAGUCAAGCCUCAUGGGUCCUGCAGCACCAGGCACCAACAUCGCCGGCGGCGCCUUCACGACCGCAGGAGGCCUGGCGGCGGCGGCGGCCCUCCACCGCACCGGGUCGCGCCUGGGGAGGACCGGAAUGGGGCUGCCGCCAGCGACAUUGCAGGCCGUGUUGCCCGGUGCCGCUGCGGGUGCGGGUGGCGCCGCCGCUUUCGAUGUCACGUCCGCUGGCAGCGGCGCCGGUCGCGGCGGCCGGGUAGGCGAGCCGGUGGUGCCUGCGGGCGCCGCCACUGCCCCGCUGCUUGGUUCGCAGGAGCUGGCCACGCCGCUGACCACGCCCAUGACCCAGACGCUGACGUACGAGCAGAAGCAGGAAGCGGAGUGGCGGGGUGAGCAGGGGCGGCAGCAGGAGGCUGCGGCGCGGAUGCAGAUGCAGUUACUGGCCAUGCGCCAAUUUGAGGAGCUGGGCGAUGAGGGGCAGCCGCAGGAGGGCGCAGGCGACCGCGGUGACCGCGCUGUCACCGCCGCGGACGACGACGCGCGGCUUGUGACGGUGGACGGAAUGAUCUGCGGCAUUGUUGGUGGCGGGGGCGCCGCCAGCCGACUGCCGAGCCGCCUGGGCAGCGAUGCCUCAAUCACCCUAGCCGCGGCCGUUUCGCCGUCUGUUGGCAUUGCCGGACCGUCGUUCCCAUUAGGCCGCAGCAUCGGCCUUUCUGGCGGCAGCAGCGGUGGCGGAGGCAGCGGCAUUGGCAGCAACGCCGACAGCCGCGUGGGCUCGCGCCAUUACUCGACCCUUGUGGAGAUUAUGGGUCCUGACUUUAGUCGCGUGAGCGCCGUCAGUGGAGGAGCUGGUGUGUCCGUGUCUAUGCACCGUAACAUCUACUCCAGCGGUGGCCCGAGCUUCAUGGCUGUUGCGGCCACGGCAGGCGGCCCCACGGCGGCUGAGGCGGCGGCGGCGGUGGCUCAAUACGGCGGCUACCGAGACGCGCAGCCACGGGACCUGGACGAUGGUCCUAUGCAGUAGGGACCGCUACGGCACGUGCGAGCAGCUAGUUAGGCUGGAAUGUUGGGGCUAGAUUAGAGGCCACGAUUAGAGGCAUCAGCAGGCGUUUCGUCUCCGAGAUCAAGAGCCCCAGGACUGGGUGUGGUGUGAAGCUUAUAUAUGUUAAUGCAGCCCUGUCCGGCUGCCGCUGCAUAGCCUGAGUGCGUGUGUGAGGGCCGGAUACCAGAUGCUUGGACAACUGGGGAACAGUGCUUUGCUGCUCCUUUGGAAUCCUGCCGAGCACACUUGGGGGCUCUGUGGCUCAACUGCUAAUGGCACCUGGCUUUAAGCGGAGCCAGAGUGCUACUGACGGUGGGCAGGCUUGGCUUUUCUGAAAGGCAAUUAAAUCAUCUCCCGGGGCGCUGUGUCUGCUGCGAGCGGAGUCAUCCAGCGUUGCGAUCGUGUGUGAUGGAUGGGCGCCAGAGCAAGCUGUGUGCGGGAGCGCCAGGCAUUGAACUGUGACAAUCGCCCGCUUUGGUUGGACCCUGUGCAAUUGCCGUUGAUGUCAUGGACUGCUUGCCGGAGACUCAGUUGCAUGCAUGCGCCAAGGGACUGAAGCCCACCAAUGGCAUGGCCGGGCCCGGAGGGAACCAGGGGCCCGGCAUCGAGACGGACCCGAGCACUGUUUUUGUGAGUUGCUGGUUGCUGGUUGGCGUGUUGAGUGGUAGCAGAGCUGCCAUCAAAUUUUGGGUAGUGUUACCUGACGCACGUUAGCACAUUGUGUUUUACAGACGAACGCGAUGCCGUAUCCAUUCAUCCAGGACCCGGGGAGAUUGACGGACAGGGCUCCGAUUGCUGAUUCCGGGCUUGUGGAGUACGGUACCGUACCUCGGAGUGUAAUCAGUCGACCGUCGCUGAGGCUCAAUCGGCGGCUCGACUGUUUGGUUGACAGGGCAAGAGAUGCGAGCGGAGUUCUUCUGUCGGGAGGUGCUAGUGUGGAGGCCCCGUAUGUGAGUACGUGAGCGAUUUAGUACGAGAGACUCGGCAAGAGGACUGAGGACUUAGUCGCGCAGGCACGCUUCCUGCCUGGCGCAGUGUGAUUGGGCAGAGGGCUGUUGUCCCCGCCCCAAACAACAAAUAUAGCUGGCCAGCUGGGCGGCCGGACGCAGGAUUCGUCUGGGAAGGCCGUGAGCCCGUCGACUGAUUGGCGCGCAGUGGCACUCUGUGUGUCAGGUGGUUUCAUAACACGGCAAAUGCGGCACAUGCCAGUGCCUCUUGUCAAUGAUAUUGUACACCGGUUGCGCUUCACGCCUUCCAUUGCGCGACAAGAGUGCAUCCUACACUUACUGCAAUGGGAGAUAAGCCUCA